UGGAGAUCUCCCCCCGCUUGCUCCCUCUCCAGCCGGAAAAUGAAGCAACACUCGGGCUGGAUGUUUUUCUCCCGCGCUGGGAGGAGACGGGUCUCUUGAACCCGCCACCCACCCGCAGCUCUUUGGCCCGAAUCGCUUCUGCGCCAUUCUCCCCAACUUGGAUCCGGAGCGCCUCUCCCCGCAUUAGCCGCCGGGAGCCCCAGAUUAUCUACCGGGGGGGGCUCCAGUCGGGGGGGGCGGGGGAAUGAUGUCCCAUGACACGAGCGAGAGGCCCCCCAACCCGGAGCCGCCCCCCGCCACGGUCUACGUCCUCGUGGAAGACCCGCGAUCCACGGACGCGCUCCAGCUGCUCAGCUUCAACUCCCUCCUUCCAGAGUCUGGGAUUGUGGCUGACAUUGACCUGGAGAAUAUCCUCUCGCUGAGCAGUGACAAUUUCUACGAACUGAAGAGCCAGCCCAUUGGAGUCAGCCCUCCGAGUGCCCCAGCUCAGGGUCCCGCCAUGUCGUCCCGCGUGCUUCUCCGGCAGCAGCUGAUGCGGGCGCAGACGCAGGAACAGGAGCGCCGGGAGCAGCAGCAGGCGGCACAGUUCACUCCGGCGCCCCCGGCCCCUUCCACGCCCGCCAUCUCCAUGAGCCCCCUCGCCCGCCCUGCCCCUGCCCAGGUUCCUGUGGAGGUACUGAAGGUCCAGACCCACCUGGAGAACCCUACCAAGUAUCACAUCCAACAGGCGCAGAGGCAGCAGGUGAAGCAGUAUCUCUCCACUGCCAUGGGGAGCAAGAUGGCAACGCAGGCUGUAGCUGGGACCAGUCCGGGGGCCUCCACCUGCUCCCCCCAGGCUGCCUCUGCUCCUGAGCCCCAACAUGGUUUGGCCAAGCAGCCGGGAGUGGCGGGGGGCCCUGGCAGCGCCCCCAAUAGCCCCAUGGCUAUGCUGAACAUUGGCUCCAGCUCUGAGAAAGAAAUUGAUGAUGUAAUUGAUGAGAUCAUCAGCCUGGAAUCCAGCUACAAUGAUGAAAUCCUUAACUACGGAGGCCUACAGAUGCCCAGCACUCUGCCAGUCUCUGGAAACCUCCUGGAUGUGUACAACAACCCAGGAAUGAUGGAGCCAGCUGUGACAGUUAGCAACUCCUGCCCGGCUGACCUGCCCAAUAUCAAGAGAGAGAUGUCAGAAAAUGAAGCCAAAGCAUUCCUGAAGGAAAGGCAGAAGAAAGACAACCAUAAUCUGAUUGAGCGGCGGCGGCGGUUCAAUAUCAACGACCGUAUCAAAGAGCUGGGGACUCUCAUCCCCAAAUCGAAUGAUCCGGAGAUGCGCUGGAACAAAGGAACCAUCCUCAAAGCCUCGGUGGAUUACAUCCGGAAGCUGCAGAAAGAGCAGCAGCACUCGAAAGAGAUGGAACUCCGGCAGCGCAAGCUGGAACAGGCCAACCGCAGCCUGCAGCUGCGAGUGCAGGAGCUGGAACUGCAGGUGCAGAUGCACGGGCUGCCCUUGACUUCGGCACAGGGGCUUCUGAGUCAGCCCUUGGGAGGAGACCCGAUUCCUUCCUUUGCAGAGUCCCUGGACCUGCCCUUCACAGCAGAGGAACUGGGGCUGGGCCUUGCUCUGGGGUCUGACGGAGGAGCCCUGCAGGAUGUUCUCAUGGACGAUGGGACCGCUCUGUCCCCGCUGGGUGCCUCUGAUCCGCUCCUCUCCUCCGUCUCGCUGGCGCCUCCAAGGGCAGCAGCCGCCGUUCCAGUUUCAGCAUGGAAGAUGAUUCGUGAUGGCAGCGCUUGGGACUUUUCGGCAGUGGAAGAGGAGCUGGAGAAGGCUCCCGCCCUUACUCACCCUGCCCUGCUCCUGCUCUUGAGUAUUCCUCUCCCUCAAAUCUUGGAGGCUUUUCCCCCUCUGCUGCUAUAGGCUGUGCCCCUUCCUUUCCCCGACAUUCCAUAUUUUGGGAGAGCUUGAGCUGCUGCCUCUUUAGCAAGAGGGCUGUGGGAAAGAGGGCUUGCAGGGCCAUAUAGUACCAGUCCUCCCCUGGAGCAAGAGAAAUAGGGUAUCCCAUCACAAAGUGAGGGACCCUAAGCCUUCUGGACCCAAGCUUCAGAAACUCUGGGAAUAGUGGAUUUUUGCGUUUCCCUAAACCUGCCAUUUUAAACGUUAUUAGGGCGUUUCUUUAACACUGUGUGAGGAGCGUCUAGCCACAAACCUGUUCAUUCACUCCAACCCUCAGUUUGCAUUCUUGCGCCUUUGCUGUAUAUAAUUUGGGGAAAUUAAGGUGGGAGAGAAGAAAGUGGCCUCCUUGCUUUUGCAUAAUUUAGAGGCACUCUCCCCUUUAAAAAAAGUUAGGUUUAUUUUAUAUAGUUAUCAGACGUUUUUUAUUCAUAACUCUCACCCUUUCUUGUUUAAGUCGGCAGAUUCAACGUUUUAUCAAAACUACCGCUUUUAAUAUUUUUUUUCUUCGUCUCUUUCCUUCAGUUCUGACCUGACCGCAGAAAAACUUGAUUUUUGUCCCUUGUGACUUCUUUGUGGGCAAAGAAAGGGAGUGGGGUGCAGAGUCGGAAAAAUCCGUGAAAUAAUGUUCUUGCUCAUGUGGUUGCAUUUAAGGGUACAUUACUGCCACACAGCAUUUAAUUGUCACCCCUUGUUUGUUUCUUUUUUAAUAUAAAUGAAGCUAUAAUCAAGUUUUUUUUAUAUACUCAAAAACUUUUUGCAUACCAAAUGGACAUUAGGAGAAACAGAGAGCAAAUGAGACUGUACUGUUUAUUGAAUCCACUAGUUUUUUAAAAUACUGGAAGCAGGCUUCUAUAUGACCCAACUCUUUGUUGGGUGUAAAAGUGUGGCCGCAAUUGCUGCAGAGACAAUCAUUUGGGCUCCAGUGUUACCCUCACCACUGUGUGAAUGUGUGUGAACCCCCUCGAAACAGAAGUGGUCACCCAGGAGUAGCUGUCUCAAAAUAUUAUCUAAAAGCACUAAGCUUUUAUGGCUUUUUAGGGUAACUUGUGCCCCUCUAAGAAGUUAUUAGAUUCUACCUGCCGUCAUCCCCGAUCAUUGGCCAUCUUGGCUGCAGCUGAUGGCAGUUUAAAUCUAACAGCUUCUAGAGGGCUUUGGGUCUCUCCCGCACUUUAGAAUUACAGCAUAGUCUGAAGUCUGUGCUGGAAAAUGGAAUACCAGACGUCUGUCCUUCAGAAAGUGUAAUUUUGGGUGGGAUUUAACUAAUGAGGCCUGUCCACAGAAGCCCAGUGCCCGAACCUCCAUUUCUAAUGUGAGGCUUUUCUUCAUCUCAUCCGCACAUCCCAUGAAAUUGGCUCUGGGGAGGUUGGGAGAACUUCUGGAACAGUGGGCGGGAGAUUGCUCCAUCUGGCAAGCCAAAAAAGGAACAGUCACCUUAGCAUGAUGUUGAAUUUCACCCUUUGAAACUGAGAAGAGCUGCCUUACUGGAGGUUGUCACUGGGUAGGAGGAAAUAUGGGUAGUUUCUAGGCUGGGACCUUUUUGAGCUGGAAAUGAGGGUAACAGGAGUGAGUGUUCAAUGUAAACCAGAUGCUGUAGUGGUAUUCCAGUGUGUGUAAGACGCAAGAGGACCGAGCGCAGAGGAAGUUGCAAAGAUGAGAUUAGGGCAAGUGGUCGUAGAUCUUAAAAGGAGUAGAACUGGGUUCCAUUAACUAAAGGUUGAGUCUGAUUAAGGGGAUGAAAGGGAUAGAAUUUCAGGCUGAGGGAAGGGGCUGGUUUUCCUGUUGUGGAUUCUACACCCUCAGUGAUGACCCAGAUUGCACCUUCUGUCCUUUUACUUUGUAUGUUUAAACAUUCCCACUACCAGUACUAGAGGCUUCUAAACAAAUAAACCAGCAAUGACCAUUUUCUAUA